GCUUUCCUCUCCCCCUGUGGUCACUCCACAGCUCAGAGCUCUGCCUUGAUUUUUUACUCCAGCCUCAGUUUUCGUUGAUCAUUCAAACAAACCAUGGCAGUCAUCAUAAGGAAUGAAGUUUUCUCCUGCUUUGUUUUCUACGGAGUGCUUCUGCUGUUAAAAAUGUACAUCAUCGCGAUAAUAACGGGACAAGUGAGGCUGCGUAAAAAGGCUUUUGCCAACCCAGAGGACGCGCUGAGACACGGAGGUUUGGAGUUUUACAGAUUGGAUCCAGACGUGGAGAGAUGCAGAAGAGCUCACAAUAACGACAUGGAGAACAUCUUCCCCUUCCUCUUCCUGGGUGCUAUCUACUCCAUGACUGGACCCUCGCUGGCUGUGGCCCGCCUUCACUUCCUGGUCUUCUUCUUGGCUCGUGUGCUGCAUAGCGUUGCCUACUUGUUUGCCCUGCGAGCACCGACUCGCUCUCUGGCUUACACCGUGGCACAGAUACCUUCUUUCUCCAUGGCUGUGCAGAUCUUGAUGGCAGUGGCAGAAUAUGCCUGAAUGACCUUUUUUUAAUACGGGGCAGGGAAUGAACUAGAGGUGGAAAAAAGCAGGAGGAGGAGGAUCCCCUGAAAGGGCCUCUGUGGAGGGAAAAACAAGACUGUCAGUGCAAUAAUGUGUGGGAUGACACCACAGCUGGGUUUUUUCAGUAUUUUUUUAUCAUUUGUUACAAGAUUGAACUGUGAGAAAGUCCUAAAAGUCAUUUGAAGUUGUCAUCUUGCACUGUAUUUAAUAUGCAAAAUGAAGGUUGUUGCUCUUUUGUGUGUGUGUGUGUGUGUGUGUGUGUGUGUGUGUGUGUAGCUUUUCACCUGGUUUAUUCUGAAAUGACUGAAAAGAGUUUAAAGCAGCGCUGCACUGUAUGCCGAUCCUCCUUUUGUGUUUAUACACAACACAGACCACCAUUCAUGGUAUCAACAACACAGCUAUAAUGGAUCCUGACGUGACGACCGAUGAUGUGUUUUUUGAUGUAACAUCUUAAAUUUUUUUACCGUGGAAGGAAUAAGAAAGGACUCGCAACAACCUGCAGAGAAAAAAAAAGAUGAUGAAAGAUGGUUUUUCUGUAAUAUUUUAUUUCUAUCUGUGAAAAUGUAUUUAUUAAUUUAACGUAUACAAUGUUUCUGUAGACAAUAAAACAAUUUACUUACUUGAA